UCCUCAGUUGGUUCAGUUGUUCGAGAAGAGUUGUUGUGAACGGAUAUCAAAACAUUAAAUUCGCCUAACUUAUCGUUAUUAUCCUAAAACCGUUAAAAAAAUGUUAUCGAAAGUGCCAAAUGUGUUACUGAAUAAUGGCAUAAGUAUGCCGAUCCUAGGACUCGGAACAUGGGGUUCUCCACCCGGAGAAGUUGCACAGGCUGUUGCAGAUGCUAUUGAUGCCGGUUAUCGCCACAUUGAUUGUGCUCAUGUGUAUGGAAACGAACAUGAGGUCGGUGACGGUUUAAGUGCGAAAAUCAAGGAAGGAGUCGUUAAGAGGGAAGAAAUGUUCAUCACAAGUAAAAUUUGGAAUACAUUUCAUCGACCUGAUUUGGUACGCGGUGCUCUGGAAACCACUCUGAAAAAUCUGAAAACUUCUUAUCUCGACUUGUAUCUGAUACAUUGGCCGUUCGCUCUAAAAGAAGGGGACUCGCUGUUUCCUCAGGACGACAAAGGCAAUCCAGUGUACUCGUACGUUGAUUUUGUGGACACUUGGAAGGCUAUGGAAAAGUGUGUUGAUGAUGGCCUUACUAAAAGCAUCGGAAUCAGCAAUUUCAGUAAAAAUCAAAUGCAGAAGAUCCUUUCCAACUGUCGCAUUCCACCAGCUACCAAUCAGUUCGAAUGUCAUCCCUAUCUACCCCAACGAAAACUCAGUGAGUAUUGUAAGUCACAAAAAGUUACAGUCACAGCGUACAGUCCGCUGGGUUCGCCGAAUCGUCCAUGGGUUACGAACGAUGAUGUCGUUUUACUGGAAGAUCCGAAGAUCGUUGCACUUGCAAGCAAAUACAAGAAAACGGCAGCCCAAAUUUUGAUCCGUUAUCAAAUCCAACGGGGACAUGUGGUCAUCCCGAAGUCGGUGACGAAGGCUCGAAUCAUUUCAAACUUCAAUGUGUUUGACUUUGAACUGAGUGAAGAUGACAUCACGCAGAUCGAUAGCUUUGACUGCAACGGCAGAAUUUGUCCAUUAACUGACUACAAAACGCACCCAGACUGGCCAUUCAACGAUGAGUACUAAGCACUUAAUCGAAGGUGGUUUUUCUGACUUUAUCGUGGUAGCACCUAGCCUUGUCAUUUUAUUAUUAAACCAUAGAACUCUCGACAGUGCUAUGAUUAAACUAUAAGUUCAUUUGUAUUGAUGCCAGUAUUCAUUCAGCCUAAUAAAGCGAAACAAUUAAACUAA